UUCGCUUUAGCCUUGGCCUCGCCGCUGCCUUUGGCAGAGGGCGCCGCUGUCAGCAGAGGGGAGCUGGCUGCGCGCUCCCAGCCUGACCCGCAGGCAUGAGGCUGGCGGCCACGGCCAGCCACAACCAGGCGUACGCAGUGCAGGGGCUGCUGUGCAACCACGGCACGAGCCGGGGUCGUAAGGAACUUGGAAUUAGAAUUCCUAGACCACUGGGACAUGGACCAAGCAGAUUCAUCCCAGAGAAGGAGAUUCUUCAAGUGGGAAAUGAAGAUGCCCAGAUGCAUACAUUGUUUGCAGAUUCUUUUGCUACUUUGGGCCGUUUGGACAACAUCACCUUAGUGAUGGUUUUCCACCCGCAGUAUCUAGGAACCUUUCUGAAAACUCAGCACUAUCUACUGCAGAUGGAUGGCCCAUUGCCUCUUCAUUACCGACACUACAUAGGGAUAAUGGCUGCAGCAAGACAUCAGUGCUCCUAUCUAGUUAACCUCCAUGUUAAUGACUUCCUUCAUGUUGGAGGAGACCCCAAAUGGCUGAAUGGCCUAGAGAAUGCACCUCACAAACUGCAAAAUUUAGGAGAAUUGAAUAAAAUAUUGGCUCAUCGACCCUGGCUUAUCACCAAAGAGCAUAUUGAGCAACUUCUGAAGACAGAAGAGCAUAGCUGGUCCCUGGCAGAGCUGAUCCACGCAGUUGUUCUCCUUACACACUACCAUUCACUUGCUUCUUUCACAUUUGGCUGUGGAAUCAGCCCAGAAAUUCAUUGUGAGGGUGGCCACACCUUCAAGCUCCCCUCUGUCAGUAACUAUUGCAUCUGUGAUAUUACAAAUGGCAACCAUGGAGUGGAUGAAACUCAUGUCAGCCCAGCUGGAAGCAUUUCAACUACAGAAUCUUUCUGUGAAGUUGAAGCACUUAUGGAGAAAAUGAAGAAGCUACAAGAGUGCAGAGAUGAAGAGGAAGCCAGCCAAGAGGAGAUGGCCACACGUUUUGAGAGAGAGAAGAGAGAAAGCAUGUCUGUGUGUUGUUCAGAGGAUGAGGAAUCAGCGCCGACAAGAGAUGUAUCUCGCCACUUUGAGGAUACAAGCUAUGGGUAUAAAGACUUCUCCAGACAUGGAAUGCAUGUGCCUACAUUCCGUGUUCAGGACUAUUCCUGGGAGGACCAUGGCUAUUCCUUGGUUAAUCGUCUUUACCCAGAUGUGGGGCAGCUGAUUGAUGAGAAGUUUCAUAUUGCUUACGAUCUGACAUACAAUACAAUGGCCAUGCACAAAGAUGUGGAUACCUCCAUGCUUAGACGUGCAAUUUGGAAUUAUAUCCACUGUAUGUUUGGAAUAAGAUACGAUGAUUAUGACUAUGGUGAAAUUAAUCAGUUGUUGGAUCGCAGUUUUAAAGUUUACAUCAAAACUGUGGUUUGCACUCCUGAAAAAACCACAAAAAGAAUGUAUGAUAGCUUCUGGAGGCAGUUCAAACACUCUGAGAAGGUUCAUGUUAAUUUGCUUCUUGUAGAAGCUCGGAUGCAAGCUGAACUCCUUUAUGCUCUGAGAGCUAUUACUCAUUAUAUGACCUGAUACCUUUGACUGACUAACGACGAUGGAAUGUUCAGCAGAUACAGCCUAUAGCGUGAACCUACUAAGCACCAGGACCAAUGGUCACUAGAAAUUAAGAGACUUUGCCGUAACUUCUUUAGUUUCAGCUAUUUCAUUGUUGGAAUAUCGCUGUUGCCACUGAGCAGUGACUGUGUGGCAGUUGAAAGGAUAGAGUUGUGUCAAAGUGCUGCCUGUUCACAGUAUUGGGCUUUAGACAGCAUAGGAAACCAUAACUUGUGGCAAUACAGCAGAUGGUAAAUACAUAAAUCUUGUAUUAAGUUAAAUACAAUGGGAGCUGGAGCAUAAGAAGCCCCCCCCCCCAAAAAAGUGCACCUUGAUGACUCCUGCUUUUGAUACAUAAGAAUAAUUAUAGAAAACCCGGAUGCUGCUAUUUGUGCUGGUGGAAUGAACUGAGACUGGCUGUUCCAGUUAAGCUAUAAGUGAAAGUGAGCACUGCUAUAUUCUGAGCCUACAUUGUGUGUGGUUUUAAAGAAAACAUGCCCCCUUGUUUAGCAUCUUUUUAAAAAUCAGAACUAAUCUUCCUCAGGCCAUACUGACAAUUUUGAAGGUAACAGAUUCUCUUACUGUAGUUUCGCCUUAAAGAAAAACAUGUUGUAGAACAAUGUGUUCAGAAUUCUUUGGUGAAAUCCAAAGCGCAAUGGUCUUCCUGUAGGGAGGGGAUGGGGAAAUUCACUCCUGAAAGCUAUUUAGAUAAGUGUAGAACUACAUGAAUUGCCCCUUAAUCUGCUUUCUAAGGAUGAACAUUUUCUGUCACUGAUGCCCAUUCCUUUGUUGUCCUGCAUUUUUUUGUUUCUAGGAGCUAGCUAAGGUGUGGGAAUGUUACACUGACUGUUUGGCAGUCCAGAGUAAUGAUGUUGCAGCUGCUUAAGUAACUAAGCUGAAAAACUUCUAUUUUUUAGUAAAUCAAAACAUUAAAAUGAUAAUGUUCAAUAUACAGUUGGUUUCAGAGAAUACAUGAAACACUUUUUAUAUGAGUGUGAAUUGUUUUUGAAAUCUGUCAGUAUUACUGGUAUUUUUAAAUAAAGGAUAGCAACUUUU